AUGAUCUCGCGCGUGGGGCUGUCCGCCGCCGCCAAGAGCGGCACCGUCGCCCGGGCACUCUCGACCUCGGCCGCUGGUGCCACGGAGACCUACUCUUUCGUCCAGGCGCGCGCCGAGUACCGAAAGGAGAUCGCGUCGCUGCGCAAGGACUUCAUCGAGGAGGAGAAGCGGCGCCGCGAGAAGCUCGCGCGCGAUGCCGAGGCCCAGCGUCAGAAGAUCAUGAAGGCCAAGGCGGCCCGACUAGAGAUCAAGCGCCAGCAGCAGGCGAUCCGCGCCAAGGAGGUCGCUCGCGAGAAGGCCAUCCACGACGAGAAAGUCAGGAAAUACUUCGAGGAGAAGGUGGUGGUGCGCCAGGAGCGCAACGCCGAGGUGGAGCGCCGUCGCGAGGCGCUGGUGGCCUCGCUGCGCCAGCAGAGCGCCAAGUGGACGACCGAGGAGAACUACACGGAGAAGCUCAAGGAGGACGUCUUCAUCUACUCCCCCCAGCAGAUCUCGGCCCGCGGCUCGUUCGACCCGUCGAGCACGUCGGGCAGCGCCGUGUCAUGGCUCGAGAAGCUGCAGCGCAUGAAGCCCGCCGGCAUGCAGGACAGCAGCGACGAGGCCGCCGCGACCGCUGUGGCGUCGGCGGCCGACGAGGAGGAAGCCGCGCACGUCUCCAGCGACGACAGCGCGGACGCGUCCACGCUGAAGAAGGACGAGGAGUAAGCCCGCAGACAGGGGACACACGCGCGGUUCGCCCCGCUGCUUCUAAUGUUGGCCACAGUACACACUACCUAGAC